AUGUUCAGAGCCGUCGCCACCACAUGCACACGGGCCGCAAGAGCCACUCCAAUUGUGCAAUCUGCUCGUUCGCUCGCUACUUCACAUCCAGUAUGGACUCUAGGAGCUCUCAAUCAUGUGGCAAUUGCCGUGCCAGACAUUGAAAAGUCGGCUGCAUUCUACAAGAAUGUCUUGGGUGCCAAAGUUUCUGGAAAAGAGGCUCUACCUGAACAUGGUGUAUACACUGUCUUCGUGGAGUUGGGCAACACCAAGUUUGAACUAUUACAUCCAUUGGGUGACAAGAGCCCUAUUCAAAACUUUUUGAACAAGAACAAGGAUGGUGGAAUACACCACGUUUGCAUUGAAGUUGAUGACAUUCGAGCUGCCAUCAAGGAUUUAACUGCUAAAAAGAUCCGUGCUCUGAAUCCCGAACCAAAGAUUGGAGCUCAUGGUAAACCCGUCGUCUUUUUACAUCCAAAAGACUGUAAUGGUGUAUUGGUCGAGUUGGAGCAAAAGUGA